UCCCGCGCUUCAACUAGCAGAUCCACGAAACGAUCAACACAAACAACUUUCAGAAGGAAAAAAAGAAAAAAACAAAAAACAAAAGAAAAAAAGAAAGGAAAACGAGAAAAAUGGAAGUGCUCCGAUCACAGAGGAAGACCGCCGAAUCUAACGACGUCGUUUCCUCUCUGCCACUGUACCGUUCUGCUCCGGCGCUCGAAGUUCGACUUGAGGACUUUGAGCUUUACGCCAUCGACCGCCUCCGAGUUCUGAAAGGGAUUUCAGAUGGUUUAUCACGAGGGAAGAAGCCAGAUGAAAUGGAAAAAUUGGUGGACAACUUGUGGAGGUUGCAUAUGAGGCAUCCACAUUCAUCUGAAGAUCGCAACAAAGAUAUAAUUUCCCACUUUGUUCUUCGUCUCGUUUAUUGUAGGACGGAGGAGUUGAGAAGAUGGUUUCUUUCCACGGAGACUUCUUUGUUUCGUUAUCGUUUUAGGCUUCAAACCAUUGAAUCCCAGAGAACACUCAUGUCAGAAUUUAAUCUGCCUUACAAAACUGUGAGCAAUUCAGAGUUUGAGAAUGUAAAGGAAAAGAUAAACCAAGUGGCACGCUCCAUUGGCCAAUCUCCGUCUAGUGCUGAUUCUAUAUUUUACAAGGUGCCAUUUGAAGAAGUUCCUGAUCUCGUGGCAAGUAGACGAGUUUAUAUCCUAAAAGGUCAAGCCUAUGUUGCUAUGAGUCAGUUGGUAUCUCUAGUUGUCACACAAUUUCGGACACUUCUUUCAAAAGCACUUGUCUUGACGAAUAGAAAAUGGACAUCUAUGAUAAGAGAACAGGAAAAAGAUCGUUUGACUCCUCUGGUUGAGUCCCUAUCCUCAAGCUAUUUGGGUCCUGAUUAUAGUCAGCCAAGCGACUUCGCGGAAAUUUCCUUGAAAGACAUUGACCAAGUGGCUCAAAGCUCCUUCCCUCUGUGCAUGCGUCACCUGUUUGAAAAGUUAAGGGAAGAUCAUCAUUUGAAGCAUGGUGGGAGGAUGCAAUUGGGUCUAUUUCUCAAGGGUGUUGGGCUCAAGUUGGAUGAUGCUCUUGCAUUCUGGAAAGCAGAAUUCUCCAGAAAGGUUGGUGCUGAGAGAUUUGACAAAGAGUAUGCUUAUGGCAUACGCCACAAUUAUGGAAAAGAAGGGAAGAGAACAGAUUACACACCUUACUCAUGCCAAAAAAUAAUAUCUUCGGUGCCAAGUGUUGGAGAUCACCACGGAUGUCCUUAUCGGCAUUUCAGUGAAGAGAAUUUGAGAGCUGCCCUUGGUAGGAUGGGUGUAAGCAAUCGUGCACUUGAGGAUGUCAUUGACAGAGUGCGAAAUAAACAUUACCAGUUGGCCUGCACUUUGACAUUUGAAGCUGUUCACAACACAUCUUGUGAUGCUGGAAUUAAUCAUCCAAAUCAAUACUUCAGUGACAGUAAAAGAAUCUUAGAGUCAAAGAACCCUUCCAACCCUGCAUGAUUUGCUGCUAUAAUUGCACUGAAAGAUUCUCACAUUUCUUUCCUUGAGCAAGGGUAGGUUUUGCUUUAAGAGGCUUCCUAAGAAUCUGACAUCUGCUCCCUAAAUUGUAGAAACAUGGACAUCUAUCAUGUUGAUGCAUCAUGAAUUUGUAUAAAAGUUUGAUGUGGUCUUCUUAUGCAGUCAAUUUCAGCUGGAAGUAGCCUGGCUCACUAUGGUAGCUCAGGGCAAUCUCGAAAAAAGAAGAAAAAAAGAGGUAAAUAUAUGUGGUUGCUGUAAUUAGGACUGAGAAGAUUGAAAGGAAAAGUUAACAGAAACCAAAGAAGGAAAGGUAAAAUGUUUCUGUGCUUAUUGUGCUGUAAGAAUUGAGGGUAUUUGACAACAUAUUUGAGCUCUAUUCAAUCAGGUAGUUAUGUUGUAGUAGUCAUGCCAUGUAAGAAUGCAGAUGACUAUAGAGAUUAUGCAGUAGCCAACUUUUAUUUGUGUUGUUCACAUUGUUGUGGUCGACUACUCGACUCUCAUGAAAAUGAAGAUCCAUCAACUUUUGUAAUUUCAACUUGUCACAUUGAUGAACUGUAAAUAGGGACAGUGGGUGUUGCUGCUGCAUCACAAGUGAAAUCCUAGGUUAGUUGAUCUGUUGUUGGGAUGACCUUUGCCUCAUUUUCUUCUAAAACUGCCCUGAUGGUUAAGCUACCACUUGCUGCAAUUGGCC